CCCCCCCCCCCACACACACAUCUCGCGUUUUCGCCAGGCCGCACCCGCUCUUGUCCCUCUGCCCGCUCGCUGCCCGUCCCCCGCCAGACACCAUGUCUGUUGCUAGCGAAAAGCGCCCAGCCGCUGCCAUGGAUGAGUCUCCCUCCUCGCAGACUCUCGCGGUGGUCCAGCAAACCAAGCGCGCCAAGGAGUCCACCGAUACCCAGCUGGCGAAGGUUGCCCCGAAGGUCCGCCGGACGUCGCGCCUGUCGGACCCGGUGGUGACUCUGGUCGACGCACACCCCAAGGGUGCCAGCAUCAACGCCGUGCGGGUAUCCCCCUGUGGCGAGGUCCUGGCCUCUGGCGGUGACGAUGGGUCAAUCCAGUUGUGGAAGUUUUUCCCCCCGAUGGAGAAUCAUGCGGCGCUGAAAGGACACUCGCAUGCCAUCCGUGAUCUGGCCUUCGCGGCAUCCGGCACCCGCAACAAUCCCGGGGCCCUGUACUCGGCGUCGGCCGACCAGUCGGUUGCUGUCUGGGACACGGCCACGGCGCAGCGCGUCCGCCGCUGGCGCCACCGGACUGGCGUCAUCAACACCAUCGCCGCCGCGCCGGCCGGAACCUCCUUCGCCUCGGCCGGCGACGAUGGCCAGCUGAAGAUUUUCGACGUCCGCGAGAAGCGCGCCACACAUUCGGUUUCGCAUGGACACCCGCUCACCUCCCUGGCCUGGGCGCCCUCCUUCUCCUACGGUGCCGACAUCUCGGCCGGUGUCACCGGUGCCGAUGAGCACCUCAUCUUUGUCGGUGGCGUGGACAAUCUGAUUCGCGCGUACGACAUGCGAACCAUCGUCAGCAGCCAGGCGGCCGAUACCCCCGCCAACGCGCUGUUCAUCCUGCGUGGCCACCGGGACACCGUGACCGGCCUGCGGCGGUCCCCCUGUGGCCGCCGCCUGGCGUCCAAUGCCGCUGACAGCACGGUUCGCGUGUGGGACUCGCGGUCCUUCGUGACCGGAGCCGCGGCGGCGGCGGCCGCCGCCCCGGAGGAGGGGGCCGUGCCGCUGGACCCGCGCCUCCGUGCGACGCUCAAUGGCGCACCGCAUGCGGCUACCCUGCCUCACCUCCUGCCCCGGGUGGCCUGGUCGCCGACCGGGUCGCACCUGGCCGCCGGGUCGCCGGCCGAGCGGUCGGUGUGCGUGUGGGAUGUCUCAUCGGUGCCACUUGGCGCCGGUGGCGGCGGCUCGGCGCAGCUGGUCUACAAGCUCCCCGGUCAUCAGGGGGCCGUAACCGAUGUCGACUGGGCGCGUGGCGGGGCCUCCGAGAGUGACGGCCCCAGCGCCGAGGGGGUCGGUAUCCUGGCCUCCUCGGGUCUCGAUGGUGUGGUCUUUGUGGGCGAGGUGUGAGGGGAUGAUGGCCGCGCCGUCCCCGUCCGCCCCUUGCUCCUUUGUUCGCCUGGCCCUCGAUGGGUGCCCAACCCUUGGACGCCCGAUUCUCCUACCCCCCCCC